AAUGACACUUUUUACGACAUUUGAAACCUUUGUUACGACAGUACGUCCUUCUUUCUUUCAGACAGACCCGGAUGUAAAAGUGUAAAGGAGCUGGCGUCAUCGAUGGAGCAGAAACUGGCAGAUUUCAGAGCCAGACGACAGGCUGAACAUACGAUAAAAAAGGAUGAAGAUACUGUGAAAAAGGGAGAGAGUGCCAGUAUGAAGUGCAGAGAUCAGACCGAAGAAGACACAGCUAAUCUGAUUGAUUCAACCAGUGACAGCGAACACACAGAAGAGGAUGAAAACAUCAAAGCCUCAACUCAGAUCCCACCAAAAAAGGACCACAGUGAUUGGCUUCUGGACAGCGCUUUUGGAAGAUGGCUGACAUCGAGACAACUUGGCUUGACAAACCUUACUUUGCUUAAAAUACUGCUGUGGCUGGUGCUGCUCGGCCUGUUUGCUGAACUGGAGUUUGGCCUGCCUUUCUUUGUCCUCUCACUCUUCUACUGGCUCUAUGAGGGUCUCAGGAGCCCAGCUGCACGUGAGCCUGGAGAGCUGAGCGCUUACUCUGUCUUCAACCCAAACUGUCAGCCUCUGAUGGGCACGCUCACUGCAGAGCAGCUGGAGGGAGAGAUGGGUUACCGCACUCUGACUAACAGAGCAGCACUUAUAUAUUGAUGAUUUCCAAUAAUCACAACUUUUUGUCCAUUUAAAAAUGUCCUUUGUAUUCACGAAAAAAAUAUAUUGUAUGCAGGAAUAAUGAUUUAAACUGACUAUUUCUGUUUAACUCAUGAAAUUAAGAUCAGUCUGCUAACAGUUGUAUUCCUGUUUCUAUUCUUUGAAGCAGUUUAAUUGACUUAAUUGUGGGAGGUGGAUUUGCUUUAAAAUGAAUAUCAAUUGAGUAUACAAUUACAUUGGUGACAUUCUUUUUGAAAAUAUUUUUUAAAUCCAAUAUUUACCUCCGAUUCCUCUUCUUAUGAAUAUGGAUUUUGUAGAAAAUGUGGGAAUGGUAUUUGGGAGUUACAUUGGAAAAGGGCAAGCUCCUACUGAUUUAUAUGAGAAAAACGUUUGCUUUGAAUAAAAGGAUUUUAAAGUGUAAUAAAGAAAUGUAAUAUAUCAGCCAG